ACGCGCAUGCGCUCAACCGCGCGCGAAACUCAAAGUAUUCUAGUCAUUCCAAAUUUAAAACUUUACUUCUUAAUUAUUUAUAUUUCUUCUCAAGACUGAAAUUUUUCCAUACCUCUCCAGCCAGUUAUGAAGCUUUGACAGUGACAAUAAUGAGGCUCUGACAGUGACAGUGACAAGAUGACAGUGACGUGACUGUGACUGACUUGACACGGGAUUGACUUUGGAAGCGGAAGCGGAGACAGUGAUGGCCUCGAAGGACGUGCAGAAGAACCACAGUUUCCAACUGCGAGCGCGCUGCGUCAGUCGCCGCUGCUGCAGCAUUGCCCUCUGAAGGGACCUCCUAAAUGUCCACCAGCUUCUAAGAGAUAUCGAACUCACGACGGAACAUGCAACAACCUAAGUCGCCCCCGAUGGGGCUCCACCAUGACCCCAGUCCAACGGUUUCUUUCUCCAUCCUAUUCUGACGGCAUACAAGCUCCACGAAGAUCAGUUUUCGGCAACCCACUUCCUUCAGCACGAGAGAUCAGCUCGUUAAUUCACGAGGAUCAAAAUGUGGAAAGUCCCGGAAUUACUCACUUGCUAAUGCAGUGGGGUCAGUUCCUCGACCAUGACAUAACGUCAUCCUCACAGUCGAGAGGUUUCAACGGAUCAGUACCAAGAUGUUGUAAAGAUGGUGGAAGAGAUUUUGUCUCUAAAGAAUUUAUGCAUCCAGAAUGCAUGCCGAUAGCGGUUUCGCCAAAAGAUCCAUUUUACGGUCCCCGAGGUGUUAGAUGUCUGGACUUCGUGCGGUCGUCUCCAGCUCCUCGCGAUGACUGCGCGUUGGGUUGGAGGGAGCAACUCAAUCAGGUCUCUGCCUACAUUGAUGGAUCACCACUUUACGCCAGCUCUGCUCGACAGUCUGAUAAACUAAGGUUGUUUAGGAACGGGAUGCUACAGUACGGCAGAGUGCAACAACGUCGCCCAUUGUUACCACCAGAUAGCAAAGACGAGCUAUGUCGUGGUGGCGCUGUAUCUACCGAUUGCUUCAAGUCCGGCGACGCCAGGGUCAACGAACAUCCAGGACUUGUGGCUGCACAUAUUGUUUGGCUAAGGCAGCAUAACAGAAUGGCUCAAGAAUUGGCACAUUUGAAUCCACAUUGGAGUGAUGAGAAGAUCUAUCAGGAGACACGUAAAAUCGUGGGAGCCAUGAUCCAACACAUUACUUAUAGAGAAUUCUUGCCCAUUGUAUUAGGCCCAGACGUCAUGCGUCUCUUUGAACUGGAACCUCAAAGUAAAGGUUACUACAGAGGGUAUGAUCCCAAAAUUAAUCCAAGUCCCGCCAGCUCCUUUGGAUCAGCCGCAUUUCGAUUUGGGCAUAGUUUGGUUCAGCCGUCUAUGGUACGUUUCGACAGAUUCCAUCGGCCUAUCAAUAACAACGUUUCUCUUCAUAAUGAACUUACAAAUCCAUCUAACAUAUGGAGCAUGGGUGCUGUAGACAGACUCCUACUCGGCAUGGUCAAUCAGCCUAUUCAGAAACGCGACGAAUUUAUCACAGAAGAACUGACAAAUCACCUCUUUCAAACGCCUUCGUUCAAAUUUGGGAUGGAUUUGGCAGCAAUUAACAUUCAGAGAGGACGAGAUCAUGGUGUACCGCCAUACACUACAUGGAGAGAACCUUGUGGACUGUCGGAGAUCAGAGACUUUGAAGAUUUGCACAGGGUUAUGCCCGCAAGGACAGUAAGAAAAAUGGAAAAUUUGUACAGACACAUUGAUGAUAUCGAUUUGUUCACGGGAGGAAUGGCGGAAAGACCUGUGAUCGGAGGACUUGUCGGUCCAACAUUUGCUUGCGUUAUCGCUCAACAAUUCUCCAAUUUUCGGAAAGGAGAUCGAUUUUGGUAUGAAAACGGAGGAUUCGAUUCAUCCUUUACACCAGCCCAACUUCAACAAAUACGACGAACUUCAUUCGCGGAAGUCCUUUGUCAUACUCUAGACACUAUUGACAGUAUUCAACCCUUCGUCUUCCUCUCCCCUGACAACCCUGACAAUCAAAGAAUAUCCUGCCAUAACGGACUACUCAACGACUUUGACCUUUCACCCUGGAUAGAACUUAAUACAGAUUUUAAUAAUAAUAUUGACAGAGCUGACAAUAAUCAAUUGCCAAGUACUAUAAAACCUAUAACCAAAAGACCAACACAGAGACCUAAAAGGACGAAACCGACGACUACUACAUCAAAACCUAAUACAACGACUAAGAUAAGUCAAGAAUUGACUGACAAUAUUUUCGAUAAAUAUAAAAUUACUCAAAAGCUAUCUCCGACACCAAAUUCUAAUAAUAACAAUAAACUCAAUAGGACAGACGCGACUACAAAAGACGAAGACAAUAUAAAUGUUAACUUAGACAAAUUGACUGCCGACAAAGAUUCGACUGCAAUAAAUGCGACAGUACAAAACAUUGACGAUAAACUAGAUUUUAAAAACAAGAGCAAACGAUACGAAGACAGCAACAAACCCGACACAAGAAACAAUUACAAUAAUCCCUCUAAACAGUAUGGUAAUGACUACGACGAAGAGGAAAACGUGCAAAGCGUACAAUCUGUGGUAAUUAACAACCUAUCACAUAACUACAACAAGAGACCUUACAACAACUACAACAAAAGACCGGUUAUCACAGUGACUGAAAACGUAAACAAAUACACGUAUCUUAUAAAUUACGUACCCAGACCAACUGAAUCUUAUCGACCGACAACCAGAAGAACUUAUGACAAAGAAGUAGUUAAAGUGACUUAUCAGACCUAUGACGACACUUACAGACGACCGAAUAAACCUUACUAUCACAACAGACAUACAGACAAUCGAUAUACAGACAACCGACAUACAGACAACAGACAUACUGACAAUCGACAUACAGACAACAAGUACACUGACAAUAGAUAUGAUGACUAUGACAGUGACUAUUAUAGGCGCAACAUACCCAGUUCUUACACUGACAGUGACGAUUUCCAUUCCUCCGCUCGAUCUAAUGACGACUCUGUGACUACGCAAAGACCUAAAGCGACUAUUGACAAAUCUGACAAAAUCGACAACUUGAACCCGACCACUGAGAACCUGUACAAACUGGUGACUUUUGGGUACGUGGGGACUUACAAAGGAGACAUGACAAUUGACAAUAAAGUGAGUAAACCUGACACAACUGACAAAAAAGACGAAGAAAAGACUAUUAGCAAGGACUUUUCGACUUAUGACUCUAAAAUGUUUGAAAAUAGUGAUAACCAAAUGAAUACAAUGAAACUCUCAACAUUUUUCCACUAUGAGACUGCGACAAAACCGUAUACGAACAAACAGAGACCGACUAGAAGACAUGAUGAUGACAUUCCUAACCCAGAAAAUCACAAUAAAUACUACUACAUCAAGAACGUUUUACAUAAAUAUGAAUCCGCGGCUGGUAAUCCUGAACAUGUAAUCAAAGAGAAUUACAACCAUCCUGGUGUAGUUAUGGAGAAUAUACAAGAGAGAUCAUCGAUAGAUAAAUUGGAGCUGUUGGAGGAAGUGGACAAACCUGCUGAUACUGCUAGAUCAAAGGUUAAAGUCAUGAAACCUUCCAAUCCAGCAAAAACGCCAUCAGUGGCUUUCCAAGUUAUACCUAGUGAAAAUGCACCAUCCCAGUGGGCAAUAUAUGAAGAGAAAUCCGACUUACCCGACGGUCUACCACAUCAAAUGCCUAUGAUAACUACGGAUCCUCAUGCGCUAAGGGAAAUACCGCGACCAAUGGUCUUCGGCACCUUAAGGAGACGACGACCAGGAAGAUCUUAGAACAAUUGAGGAAUUUAGGACAAUAUUAGGUUGCCUGGUUAAGUAGCUCGUUCUGCCAAAUGUGAUGAACGUCAAUGUAGUAAAAUGAAUUUUUUUUAGGAAAGGACAUCCAUCACGACUGUCUAUUAACUGACUUUUAAUGACUGACUAUUUAUAAGUUAAUAUGACUUGAGACUAAGACUAUGUAAUAUAACUGCGACUGACCAAUACUUAACUUUCUUUAUGAUUCGAAACUACGCAGACUGGCUGACUGUUUAUUCAACUAAAACCUGUAACUUCUAUAGAAAUUACCGACUGUACUCUUUAUAACGAAAAUAUAGGAC